AUGAAUAUCUUUGGCAACCUCAGAACAGCUCGGACAUCUGCUACGCGGUCAUGUAGCCGCCAAUUACCCUCGCUCGCGGAACCCGGCCCAUCCAGGUUAGCACCGCAAUUACCGUCCAGAGUGCCCAGGUCCGCGUGUGCACCGCGCCGCUCCUUCUACUCAACGACAGUCAAUGACUGGCAGUCGUCGUUGAUCACGCAGUAUCCGAGGUGGGUGAACAACAAGACUCACCACGCGCGGACAGUACCCGCGAGCAAGGAGGGAGAGGACGCGGACUCGGAGCGGUCAGAAGUAGUGCGUAUGGAUGGUGAAGAGGAUGGCCAGGCUCCUCCGGCCCAGUCUGCCCCGCCAGCAUCCUCAUCCUCCUCGUCAUCGUCGGGAGACAAUCCUGACAGCAGUGACCCUCCGUCAUCACCACCUCCUGAACCUCCGGCACCUCCACAGACGUCCAUAUCCAAGCAGUCUGUACCCGAAGUCUACCCCCAGGUCUUGGCACUCCCCAUCGCUCGGCGCCCCCUCUUCCCCGGUUUCUACAAGGCAGUCGUCAUCCGGAAUCCUGCGGUCGUUGCAGCGAUCAAGGAGAUGAUGCGUCGCGGCCAGCCAUACCUCGGCGCGUUUCUCCUCAAGGACGAGCAGACGGACAGCGACGUGAUCACGGACAUCAACUCGGUGCACCCGGUCGGCGUAUUCGCGCAGAUCACGAGCGUGUUCACGGCUGGUGGCAAGGAGGACGACAAGGACGAAGGGCUCACGGCUGUUCUGUACCCACACCGGAGGAUCAAGAUUACGGAGUUGAUCAAGGGAGGUAGCGCCAAGGUCGAGUCCGCGGAAGAGUCCCUGCCUACGCCGCCGCCCGAGCCGACUAGCACACCAGGACUCAUUCAGACCUCGUUCUUGCAGAACUACGCGAUCUCCAUCGUCAAUGUGGACAACCUCGAGACGCUGCCGUACAACAAGGACGACCAGUACAUCCGGGCGUUCAUGUCCGAGAUCGUCUCUGUGUUCAAGGACAUCGCGCAGCUCAACCCGCUCUUCCGCGACCAGAUCACGAACUUCUCCAUCAACCAGGUCGCCUCGAACGUCUUCGACGAGCCCGACAAGCUCGCCGACUUCGCCGCGGCCGUCUCGACCGGUGACGUAAACGAGCUCCAGGACGUCCUCGAGAGCCUGGUCGUCGAUGACCGUCUGCGCAAGGCGCUGCUCGUGCUCAAGAAGGAGCUGAUCAACGCGCAGCUGCAGAGCAAGCUCGCACGCGACGUCGACAGCAAGAUCGCGAAGCGCCAGCGGGAGUACUACCUGAUGGAGCAGCUCAAGGGCAUCAAGAAGGAGCUCGGCAUGGAGUCGGACGGGAAGGACAAGAUGAUCGAGAAGUUCAAGGAACGCGCGGCGUCGCUGAAGAUGCCAGAGGGCGUGCGGAAGGUGUUCGACGAGGAGCUGAACAAGCUGAUGCACCUCGAGCCGUCGGCGUCGGAGGCGAACGUCACCAGGAACUACCUCGAGUGGCUCACGCAGAUCCCGUGGGGCCAGCACUCCCCGGAGAACUACUCGAUCGCGCACGCGCAGACGGUCCUGGACGAGGAUCACUAUGGGCUGAAGGACGUCAAGGAUCGGAUCCUGGAGUUCCUCGCUGUCGGCAAGCUCAGGGGGACGGUCGAGGGCAAGAUUAUCUGCCUUGUCGGCCCUCCUGGUGUUGGCAAGACGUCGAUUGGAAAGUCUAUCUCUCGCGCGUUGAACAGGCAGUUCUUCCGGUUCUCGGUUGGCGGUCUGACGGACGUCGCGGAGAUCAAGGGUCACAGGCGAACUUACGUUGGCGCGUUGCCCGGCAAGAUCAUCCAAGCCCUGAAGAGGGUUGGGACGGAGAACCCGUUGGUCCUAAUCGACGAGGUUGACAAGAUCGGCCGAGGGAUUAAUGGCGACCCCUCUAGCGCGCUCCUGGAGAUGCUGGAUCCUGAGCAGAACUCUGCUUUCCUUGAUCAUUACAUGGAUGUUCCUGUUGAUUUGUCCCGAGUUCUCUUCGUCUGUACCGCCAACACUCUUGACACCAUCCCUGCGCCUCUGCUUGAUCGCAUGGAGGUGCUGGAAGUCAGCGGCUACGUCUCCGAGGAAAAGUCCAAGAUCGCGGAACAGUAUCUGGGGCCGCAGGCUAAGGAGGCGUCGGGGCUGAAGGAAGCCGACGUGCAGCUAGAUCCGACUGCAAUCGAUGUGCUCAUCAAGUACUACGCCCGUGAGAGCGGUGUGCGGAACUUGAAGAAGCACAUCGAGAAGAUCUACCGCAAAGCUGCGCUGAAGUUGAUCCAGGACCUCGGAGAGGACGCUUUCCCUGAGGAGACCGCGGCGGCUGCCGAGACCCGGGACGAGGGCACGACGGAGGACCCGUCCGAAGAGCGGAAGGUCACCACCGUCGAGCGCAAGCCGAUGAAGGUGCCCGAUACCGUACACGUUCGCAUCACACCGGAGAACUUGAAGGAUUAUGUCGGGCCGCCGGUAUACUAUCGGGACAGGAUGUACACCAGGCCGCCGCCACCGGGCGUCAGCACUGGUCUGGGAUACCUGGGUAACGGAUCGGGAGCGGUCAUGCCGAUCGAGGCAACUUUGACUGGCAAGCUCGGAGAGGUCAUCAGGGAGAGCGCCCAGAUCGCGAUGAGCUGGGUCAAGAGCCAUGCAUACGAGCUCGGGAUCACGUCGACGCCGGACGAGCAGUUCAUGGUUGAUCGUGACAUUCAUCUCCACAUGCCUGAGGGUAGCAUCGGCAAGGAGGGACCCAGCGCUGGUACUGCUAUCACGACUGCCCUGGUGUCGCUCUUCACCAAGACAAAGGUCAACCCUGACAUCGCUAUGACUGGUGAGAUCUCCCUCGUCGGACAAGUGCUGCCAGUUGGUGGUUUGAAGGAGAAGAUCCUCGCCGCGCACCGCGCGGGUGUCAAGACCAUCAUCGCGCCAGAGGCCAACCGUCCAGACAUUGAGGAAAACGUCCCAGAGAGCGUCAAGACCGGUAUCCGGUUCGUGUACGUUGAGGACAUCCGGGAGGUCCUGCAGGAGGUGUUCGGCGGCGAGCCGAUCGCGGAGCGGUGGAAGGACACGCUCGCCCAGCCAUGA